UGUAAACUCUUGUUUUUUUAAGUGUGUUGUGCUUCUUACAUAUAACAUUAUUACAUGUGUAUUUGUCGCCAUCUUGUGGCCAUGGCAGUUACUACAUCGUUGAGAAGUGUGUAUUUUGAAUCAAACUUUAUAGACCGGAAGUUGCAUAAGACAGAGAAAUCUACGGUGCCAGCACGUACUUUAUGGUGGUUAUUUUUCGAAGAAAUACUGCAUAUAUCUUUUGUUUAAGGUUGCAUCGCCGUUUCACCCUUUUGAAUGUCAAUAAACCUGCUGACAACGCUCAUCGGUCUUCAGAGUCGUGGCAUAAGAAAGGUGUUGAACAGCCCUUGCAUUAGACAUGCACUCCUAACGGCACAGUGAAAUAGAGGGAUCCAAGCAGACAGAGGUAACGCAGUCGUCGCACGCAAUAGCGUGACCACUACUACGCCACAACGCAAACGGCAUACAGCAGUGAUACAGCAGUGAUUCAGCAGUCAUCUACCCCACCAUGUCCAGCAAGGCGUCAUCCAUAAAGACCCGGUCUGAGGCUUCGACGAACUCCUCCACAGGUUUUGCAGCAGCUAGGGCAAGAGCAAAAGCUGAGGCAGCCAAAGCCCGCCUCGGUUUUGCAGCAAAAGAAAUGGACUUAAAAGUAGAAAAAGCUAAAAUAGAAGCAUCUAUUGAAUUUCUUCAACAUGAAAAAUGUGUUGCAUCAGCUAUUGCUGAAGCAGAGGCAUUAGAAGCAGUUGUAGUCACACAGGUAGAAGCACGCAGCAAUCCUUGUUCUUUUGUCACAUCUGAACUUACGAAGCAAUAUGUCCUAAGCCAAGCUGAAUUUGUAAAACAGGGAAAAUAUGUUACACAGCCAUCACAAUGUGAAAAUGCUCCUCAGAGCAAGUCAAAGCUCACUAGCAAUCAAUUACUUCAGCCAACAAAACAAAGUGACUCUCAACAAAUUACCUUUGGCCCUCCUAAUGAGCUUAAAAACUUCCAAAACGCCCGAGUUAUUUCCUCCUCUCCUCACAUCCAUAACAAUUACAGUGCAUGUUGGUCAGAUCAAGUAUCAGCAUCCAACUUCGAUGAUUUUCGGCCUUCAUGCCAAGAGCCUAUAAACCCUAAUGUGAGUGACUUCAUUAGAUACUUUGCUCGUCGGGAAAUAGUAGCAACAGGACUACUGCAAUUUAACGACAAGCCUCAAAAUUUCAGAGCUUGGAAACGCUCCUUUAAAAAUGCAACAAAUGGAUUACAUUUAACAAGUGAGGAAAUGGACUUGAUGUUAAAGUGGCUUGGCAAAGAAUCUUCUGAACACGUAGAACAAAUUAGAGCCAUACACAUUAACAACCCAACCAAAGGCCUCAAUAUGAUGUGGGACAGGCUUGAGCAAUGUUAUGGCUCAGCUGAAGUGAUUGAGGAUACACUCUUCAAAAGAAUUGAUAUAUUCCCCAAAAUCCCAUCCAAAGACUACACAAAACUAAGGAAGUUUAGUGACCUGCUCAUGGAAAUGCAGAGUGCUAAAGCCAAAGGAGGCCUUCCUGGUCUUGCGUUUUUGGAUACCGCAAGAGGAUUAAACCCAAUUGUGCAGAAACUUCCCUUCAAUUUGCAAGAAAGGUGGAUCACAGUAGGAGCUAACUACAAACGCACACGCGUCCCCUUCCCACCAUUCAAUGUUUUUGUGGACUUUGUAACGCAGGAAGCUAACGCAAGAAAUGACCCCAGCUUCAACUUUACAUUUUUCCCAAAACUCGACAAACUGCCUUGGAGAGCCUAUAAACAAAAAGAAAUUUCAGUGCACAAAACCAAUGUUGUCUCCCGUUACAAUUUAGAUACACAAAGAACGGCAAACAAAGCUGUAGACAGCGACAAGCUUUGCCCAAUUCACAUGAAACCUCAUCCCCUCUCGAAGUGCAGAUCAUUUCGAAUGAAAACACUCGAUGAUCGAAAAGCAUUCUUAAAAGAGAACCACAUUUGCUUCAAAUGCUGUUCUUCAUCUACACACAUUGCAAAAAACUGUAUGGUCAAGAUACAGUGCUCUGAGUGCCUUGAUGAAAAACACUGCACUGCUCUUCACCCAGGACCAGCACCCUGGCUUAAAGAAACUGAACCUGCAGCAGAGUAUGGCGGGGAGUGUGACUCCGCUAAGUCGGAGGAGAUCACAUCCAAGUGCACUCAGGUUUGUGGCAUGAACAAAGCAGGCAGAUCCUGCUCUAAAAUUAGUCUUGUUAAAGUUUACCCAGCAGGCCAUCCUGAACAAGCAGUAAGGCUCUAUGCCAUCCAUGAUGAACAGAGUAACAGGUCGUUAGUAUGUCCUGAGUUCUUUGAAAUGUCUGAUUCUGAUUCUGAGCCAGCACACUGCAAAAUCUGGAGUGGAUCACAACGUCCUCUGGCGUGCGAACAAAUAGGACUCAACAAACCAUAACCUAUUUCAACAACUAAAUGAACAAUUUUUAUCCAAUAAAUCUGUAUUUGUCCACAAACACAUGAAGGACAAGGGGCUGGGCCUUCUCUACCUCACAAAAACGUGGCAGCAGCCAUAAGUUUAUACAGGGCUAACUGAGCCUUGUUUACCCCAAAUUUUUGUUCUUUUGAAAAUCUACUACUCAAAUGCCAACACUAUUGUAACAAUAGCUCGUAUUUACCAUCCUCCAAAACCCCAACCGAAUUUUAUAACAGACAUACACAAUUUCCUCAUUUCAUUUUGUUCAUCCUACACGACAUACAAUAACUUUUACGAACCUAAAUAACAUCGAUUCCGCCUCUUCCAGUCAUCAUCUGAAACUUCUUCUCCCACCUACAUCGUACUCAGUCUCCAGGGUUGUGGAUUUUUUUUACAAUAACAGUCUAUCCUCCAUCCUGGUUUUUCAUGCACCAUUAAAAAAAUGGACAGUCACCUUCUCCCGAUCUGCCCCAUGGUAAACAGAAGAGCUGAGGCAAAUGAAAAGGUCAGGCCAUGUCCUGGAGCAAGCCGGCGUAAAAUUCGGUAUGACGGUGUAUUAAUUGGCCUACCGGGAACAAUAAAGGUCUUACACAAAAAGCUCUUGGUCUAGGUCAGAGCACUAUUCAACAAUCAUCAAUAAUAAGCCAGGUAACUCCAAGCAGAUCUUCUCUACAGUAAUCCACAUUCUCAAACCUCAGAUCACUCCAUACUACAUUUAUACAGACAAUGACUGCAACCAAUCCAUGAAUUGAUUAACGUGGACCCCGACUUAAACAAGUCGAAAAACGUAUUCGGGUGGUCAAUUGUACGGAAUAUGUACUGAACUGUGCAAUCUACUAAUAAAAGUUUCAAUCAAUCAAUCAAAAUUCCUUGAAUGAUUUACCUCCUAAAUUGACAAUAUCCGCUCAUUUAUCAUACAAACGCAUAGCCCCAUUCAAGUCAUCCAAAGCAACUUUCAGCACACAAAUUUUUUACACUUCCAUCUCUACAUCGCAGCAGGAGGUCAAGAAGAUCAUCUGCAGAUCCAAACCCUCCACAUGCUCCCUUGAACCCCUCUCUUCUCCUCUGCUAAAAACACACAACCUUUCCACUACCCAGCUCAUAACAAAAAUAAUUAAUCAUUCUCUCCAAACAGCCAAUGUUCCUCCCUCCCUUAAAACAGCUCUGAUUAAACCGCUGCUUAAAAAAAACAACCUUAGACCCAAUCCCUCAAUCAAAUUACCGACCCAUUUCAAAUCUUCCAUUAAUUUCCAAAAUCCUACAAAAGGUUAAGAACCUUCAUAGACAUCCAAGAAAAGGUUGUUUCCAUUCAGCUUCACAGCCAUCUUAAAUCUAAAACCACCCUUAUUAAAAAUUCCAAUCCAGUUUCCGCCCCUUCCACAGCACAGAAACAGCUCUCAUCAGAGUCACCAGUGAUCCGAUUCUACAUCCCUCCUCAUUCUUCUUGACAUGUCUGCUGCGUUUAACACCAUUGAUCACAUCUUCCUCCACCGUCUGCAGCACUUCAACGGCCUCUCUGACACUGCCUUUCACUGGUUCGGCUCUUACCUGACUGACGGGACCAAGCACGUGGUAAUUUCAUCCUCACACCGCCACUGUGGGAUCCUCCAGUUAGGGAAAAUUAAGAAACCUUGAGAAGGGACUAGGGAUGUAACGAUAAACGGUAUAAUGAUAAACUGCGGUAAAAUUUCAGACGGUUAGUAAUUCCGUUAAAGUUUUUAAUAAACAAAAAGCUGUCAUUUAAUAAUUAAUUUUAGUCACUACUGCUUACUUUCUGAAUGCUGAAGCGCCGCAGCGCCUGUGCAAGUGCACCAGAGCCGUUCAGCUCGCGAAACAUGGCGGCGACUUCACAGACUUUGCUGUGAAAAUGUUCCCCCCGAGCUAACAGAGCCCAUCACUUCGUUUCACUUCCUUUCAAUCGCUUCUACUUCCGUGGAGUAUUGGUGUGCGAUUAAGACCGCAAUGCUGUUGGAGGAGAACAAUAUUUUGUGUUACAGUUUCAUUUUGAGCGUGCAGCUGGCAUCCUUCCGUCAGCUGCUGAGACUGAGAGUUAGCACACAGCAGGCGAUGUGUCGGGAACUUGUUUGUAAAGUCUGUAGUUUGUUUACUGAGAUGCUCACUCCUCCUUUAUUUAACUGCUAACUUUGUUAGUGAUCCAAUAACAUCAUUACUAGCUAAAAUAUUUUGUCAUCUCAUCCAAUUGAACGCAGGCGGAGUUGUUGGGGAGGCAAAAAGAUUGUGUAUUUGAUGUGAGAAGUAUCACUCUUGUUUAUUUUUGUUGGCCAAACUGUUGGACUGAAGUACAUGGUUGUUGUUGAAGAACAGAGCUUGUUUAUUUGACUUUAUAGUCAUUAGUCAAACUGUGGUGUGUUUUAUAUUGAUAUCAAAAGGUAAACUAUGUUUUAACAUUA